AGCUCCCACCCUACCGGCCUUACGUGGACGCGCAGCGCGAGUGCUCGCUCGGUACGACAGGCAAUGCGAUUGUAGACGAGAAGAAAAAGGAGAGAGAGCAGAGAGGAGCUGCGAGAGAAGCUGUAGGAGGUCGACGUGACGAGAGAACUCCAAACAGAAGCUCACAGGACUACGACACGCACACAUAGAGAAGGGAAACAGAAAGAAACAGGGUCAUAUCUAUCUACAGCAGAUUUGGAGAUUCGUCCAGCGGGAUACGUGCUGCGGACUGUUAAGCACGACAGCGUUUCCCUGCGGUAAAACCAGCCUGAGUUGUUGGACAGGAGGCGCGCGGCUUGCCUGCUCUUCCUCGUCAGAAAAAGAGGCUUUAUAGCGGGGAGGUUUACGGAGCAGCGGACUGAAGUCACAGUGGAGAAGUUGGGAUGUCCUGAGUCAGUCCUACGGGCCCAGAGAGCGCUGUGCUGAUGGGACCUGCUGCGCCACCAUGAACUUACAAGAUGGCGGCUGCAGCUACGCCAGCAGCGCCACUAUGGCCACGGCUAGUGGCAGCAUGCGGCGGCGCCUGGAGGACCAGGAGUUCACCCUGCGAGUCUACCCGGGCACCCUGGCUGAGGGCACCAUCUACUGCCCCGUCUGCGCCCGCAAGAACACCACAGCUGCUGAAGCCAUCGAGUGCCUCAUCGAGCGGUUGCGCCUGGAUCGUACCAAAUGCUACGUGUUGGCUGAGGUGAAAGAGUUUGGCGGGGAGGAAUGGAUCCUGAACCCCGGCGACUGCCCUGUUCAGCGCAUGAUGCUGUGGCCACGGAGCGCCCUGGAGAACCGCAGCGGACUGGGCAGUGGCGACGACUACCGCUUCCUCCUGCGGGAGAAGAACCUGGAUGGAUCUAUUCAUUAUGGCGGCAGCCUGCAGAUGUGGCUGCGGGUGACUGAGGAGCGUCGCCGCAUGGUGGAGCGGGGUUUCCUCCCCCAGCCUGCAGGGAGCGACCCUCCGUCCGACCUCUGCACUCUCCCGGAGCUAACAGAGCGCGCCAUUUUGGAAAGCCUUCGUGCACGUUUCCGCCAGGAGAAGAUCUACACUUACAUCGGGAGUAUUCUUAUUGUGAUUAACCCCUUUCAGUUCCUGCCAAUCUACAAUCCUAAAUAUGUCAAAUUGUACGACAACCACACACUGGGGAAGCUGGAGCCCCACAUUUAUGCUGUGGCGGAUGUGGCGUAUCACGCCAUGCUACAGCGACGGAGGAACCAGUGCAUAGUCAUUUCUGGUGAGAGCGGAUCUGGGAAAACCCAGAGCACCAACUUCCUCAUUCAUCACCUGACUGCACUCAGCCAGAAGGGAUUCGCCAGCGGGGUGGAGCAGAUCAUCCUGGGAGCAGGGCCUGUGUUGGAGGCCUUUGGGAACGCUAAGACGGCCCACAACAACAACUCCAGCCGCUUCGGCAAGUUCAUCCAGGUCAACUACCAGGAGAGUGGCACGGUCAGAGGAGCCUAUGUGGAGAAGUACCUGCUGGAGAAAUCCCGUCUGGUUUACCAAGAGCACAAUGAGAGGAACUACCAUGUUUUCUACUACCUGUUGGCCGGAGCCAGUGAAGAAGAGAGGAAGUCCUUCCACCUGCUCAAACCUGAGGAAUACCACUACCUCAACCAGAUGACAAAGAAAUCGCACAAACUCCACUGGGACAAUUACUAUGAGAGUGAUCUGCAGGACUGCUUCACAGUGGAAGGAGAAGAUCUGAAACAUGACUUUGAGCGGCUGCAGCUGGCUAUGGAGAUGGUCGGCUUCCUACCCACCACACGCAAACAGAUCUUCUCCCUGCUGUCAGCAAUCCUCCACCUGGGAAACAUCCGCUACAAGAAGAAGACCUACAGGGACGAUUCCAUCGACAUCUGCAACCCAGAGGUCCUGCCCAUCGUCUCCGAGCUGCUAGAGGUCAGAGAGGAGAUGCUGCUGGAGGCGCUGACCACCAGGAAGACGGUGACUGUCGGAGAGAGGCUCAUCGUGCCCUACAAACUUGCUGAGGCGGGCACGGUGAGGGACUCCAUGGCCAAGUCACUGUACAGCGCGCUGUUUGACUGGAUUGUGUUCAGGACCAACCAUGCUCUGCUAAACAACAAGGACCUGGAGGACAAGUCAAAGAUUCUGUCGAUAGGAGUCCUGGACAUAUUUGGUUUUGAGGAUUAUGAGAACAACAGCUUUGAACAGUUCUGCAUCAACUUCGCCAACGAACGACUGCAGCACUACUUCAACCAACACAUAUUCAAAUUAGAGCAGGAGGAGUACAGGGCAGAGGGCAUCACCUGGCACAACAUUGAGUACAUCGACAACAGCGGCUGCCUCAACCUCAUCAGCAAGAAACCCACAGCACUGUUCCACCUGCUGGACGAGGAGUGCAAUUUCCCCCAGGCUUCCAAUCAGACCUUGCUGGACAAGUUCAAGCGUCAGCAUGAAGGAAACAGCUACAUCGAGUUCCCCGCUGUCAUGGAGCCCGCCUUCAUCAUCACACACUACGCUGGUAAAGUCAAGUACGGAGUCAAGGACUUCAGGGAGAAGAACACUGACCACAUGCGUCCCGACAUCGUAGCCUUGCUCAAGAGCAGCAAGAACGCCUUCAUCUGCAGCCUGAUGGGAAUCGACCCCAUGGCGACCUUCCGCUGGGCCGUGCUGCGAGCCUACUUCAGAGCCCUGGUGGCUUUUAGGGAGGCCGGCCGCAGACACACCCACAAAAAAACUGGGAAUGAUGCAGCAGUUUCCUGUUCUGUUGUCAAAACCGUCGACAGCUUCAGUUUCCUUCACCACCCGGUUCACCAGAGGAGCCUCGAGAUCCUUCAACGAUGCAAAGACGAGAAAUACAGUAUCACCAGGAAGAAUCCCCGCACACCUCUGUCAGAUCUUCAAGGCACCAACGCCCUGAAUGAGAAGGCCAGCUGGGAUGGGUAUGGUGUCGGCUGUAACGGUCGCAGCUCCAGGUCUGGUCGCGUGUCCUCGACAGGAAGUCCCGCCCUGGAAGAAGACGGGAUCUUCCUCAACUCGACCAGCAGCAAGCUCCUGGAGAGAGCUCAGGGCAUCCUACUGAGGAACAAAAACGUCAAAAGCAAGCCGAGCCUUCCCAAGCACUUGUUGGACGUGAAGUCUCUGCGUUACCUGAGCAGCGUGACGCUCCACGACCGCAUCACCAAGUCUCUGCUCCACCUGCACAAGAAGAAGAAACCGCCCAGCAUCAGCGCACAGUUCCAGGCAUCCCUCAAUAAGCUGAUGGAGACUCUUGAUCAAUCGGAGCCGUACUUUGUCAAAUGUAUUCGCUCCAACGCUGAGAAGCUGCCGUUGCGUUUUAACGACAGCCUGGUGCUCAGACAGCUCAGAUACACAGGUAUGCUGGAAACCGUCCGGAUCCGACAAUCAGGAUACAGCAUCAAGUAUACCUUCCAGGACUUUGUGCAUCACUUUCAUGUGCUUCUGCCUCGAGGCACGAGCCCAACCAAGUCAGGCAUCAGGGAGUUUUUCAGACGGAUCCACCUCCCACCUGCUGGGUAUCAAGUGGGCAACACCACGGUGUUCCUGCGGGAGGUGGAGCGUCAGCGUCUUCAGACCCUCCUCCACCAGGAAGUCCUGCGGCGGAUCGUCACGCUGCAACGCCGCUUCAGGGCCGUCCUGGAGAGGAAGCACUUUGUUGACAUGAGGAGAGCCGCCUUUGUCAUACAGCGAUGGUGGCGAUCGUGCCUUCUCAAAGAGUCCACCAUGGACUCGGGUGACGAGGAAGAGGCGGCGGUGUGUCUGCAGGCAGCCUGGAGGAGCUACAGGGAGCGCAGGAGGUUCCUGCAGCGGCGGGACUCUGCCAUCGUCAUACAGAGGAGCUGGAGACAUUACUGUCAUCGCAGAUCUUUGGCAGCUGUAACGGUUCAAACAGCCUGGAGAGGAUUCAGGGAGAGGAGCCGCUACUGUCGGGCGUACAGGACUGUGACGCAGCUACAGGCGAUGGGCAGGGGACACCUAGCUCGGCUCAGGUUCAGUGAGGCGAAGAAGCAGCAUGAAAGACAAGAGAGUCCACCAGCAGCAGAGAUGGAUGCAGGAACCAUGGAGGACCUCACCUCAUCAGGACAGGAAGGUUUUGUCCAGGAUCUCUCUGUAGAACUGUGUGAAGACUCUAAGCCUGCUCUGUUAGAUGUGGGAGAGAUAGAAAAAGAAGAGGACUCAGAGCGAACUAGGAGCACAGACGAGACGAGCCAUAAGAACCGGUCAAAACGCGAGAGCAGACGGAUGAGAGAGCUGGAGCAGGCUCAGUUCAGCUUAAAGCUUCUCAAGGUCCGAAGCACCAGCCUGCAAGAAGACUCCGUCCCAGACAGCAGCACCUGUCAGCUGGAAGACCCUCACAGACAUUCACCCCGGGGAUCUCCAGCCAGUCAUGGCAGUUUUGAACUGCUCAGUGUGGAAGACAUGGAGACUGAAGGCUCUGGAGGUUUUGCUUCCCAGUCGACUGGACCUCAAGAACAUCCCCAAAUAGCGGAUACCCAACUACACGAGGGGCUGAGGGAUUCAAACUUUAACGAAAAGCCUGCGAUGGAGCCUCCAAACAAGGCGGAGGGUCCGAGGGCAACGUUUUAUAUUGCUUCCGACCAAAGUCCAGUUCAUGAACCAAAAUUCGAAAGCCCCCGCAAGUCUUACAGAGAGAGAAGGGAGUCCGCGUCUCGGAGGCCUGUAGUGGUGUUGAUCAGUAUGCAGAAGGAGAGUCCUGUGGAGGAGGAGGGGCUGCUGGCAGCCCAAACCCUAGAAGGAGCUUCUGAAACUGGAGCAGCAUCAUCCGGUUCCCAAAUGACGCCUGUUGCAGGCUCUGACGUGGUAUCAGAGAUGGAACAGCCUCAUGGGUUUGCUAUCCAGACUGAAAGUGAUGUAUUUGAAGUGGACAAGUCUUCUGAGGUCCGAUAUUCAACGGCCCAUGGAUCAAGUCCAGAAUCAGGGAUUUGUUCCUCGGAGGUGGACAUCCAGAUCCUCCUGGGGCCAACGUCCAGUGUUCCCGCUGUCCCCCCCAGUCAGCCGGAGAGGAAGGCGAUCCGGCCGGCACAGGAGGCUCCCAGCCCGAUCCUGGACACCAAACCACCAAAAGCUCAGAAGAAGAGCUCAGGCCAGACUGUGAUUGUGAACAUGGUGGAGAAAUCCCCCAACGCUGUGUUCUCCCCACCCAGGCGCAAGCUGCCCUUCUCCAAGUCAGAUAAGGAUUUGGUGAACCAGGAAAGAUCUCUGGCCAUGUUCAGAGACGACUCUAAAUCUGGAUCCAGAAACAGAGAGCAGGUGGGCCGCCCCGGCCCCAAAAAGAAAGCGCGAAUGUCCCGGACGCGCUCCGACUUCCUCACCCGCUGUAACUCUGAGGGGGCGACCCAGUCAGACGACGACGAUGAAUACUACAUCCCUGCCCACUCCCACACGCUGCCCCCCUCCCUGUCUCCCCCACACACCCACCCCGAGGCUGACUGUCACAGUGACUCCGAGAUGCCAUCUCACAAAGACCAGAAGAAGAUCCAUAAGACCAUGUCUUCAGGAGACCUGGGCAAGGUGGAGGUGCUCAGGAAAACCUCCAGUCAGGAUGGAAGCAGGAUGAGAGGAAGGAUACGAUUCUGGAGUAAGACGAAGCACGGCGAGAAAAAACUGUCGAGGGAGAAGCAGGCCAGCAGGAGCGAAUCGGGAGAGACACAUGGCCCUUCUUCUCCUCCUCACAGUCCAGAUUUGGAGGCAGCUCCCUCCCUGGGGGUCAGGGACAGUAAGGAGAACAAGGAGCCGUCUCCUAAGAUGAGGAGGCGUCGCAGUGUGAAGAUCAGCAGCAUCGCUCUGGAACCCGCCCAGUGGCAAAACGACGCACUGCACAUCCUCAGCUCGGCCCAUGACUACCGCAGCAUGAACGACUUCCUCAUGAAGAAGAUCGCCGACCUGGAGUCUGAAGACGGUAAGAAGGACACCAUGGUGGACGUCGUCUUCAAGAAAGCGCUGAGGGAGUUCAGGAUCAACAUCUUCAACUCCUACUCCACUGCCCUGGCGAUGGAUGAUGGGAAGAGUAUCCGUUACAAGGAUCUCUACGCCCUGUUCGAGCACAUCCUGGAGAAGACCAUGCGUCUGGAGCAGAGAGACUGGUGCGAAUCGCCGGUGAAGGUGUGGGUCAACACCUUCAAGGUCUUCCUGGACGAGUUUAUGACCGAGUACAAGCCCAUGGAGGGAAAUGUCGGCAGGGCUCCUAAACGUGAACGUAAGAAGUCGAGGAAAAAGGAAACCGACAUUGUGGAAGAACACAACGGCCACAUCUUCAAGUCCACACAGUACAGCAUCCCCACCUACUGCGAGUACUGCUCCUCCCUCAUUUGGAUGAUGGACCGAGCCUGCGUCUGCAAACUGUGUCGCUACGCCUGUCACAGAAAGUGCUGCUCUAAGAUGACCACCAAGUGCAGUAAAAAGUACGACCCGGAGCUUUCGUCACGGCAGUUUGGCGUGGAGUUAUCCCGUCUAACCAGCGAGGAGCGAACGGUUCCCCAGCUGGUGGAGAAACUCAUCAACUACAUCGAGAUGCACGGCCUCUACACGGAGGGAAUCUACAGGAAGUCGGGCUCCACCAAUAAGAUCAAAGAACUCCGCCAGGGGCUGGACACAGAUGUGAGCGUUGUGAACCUGGAUGACUACAACAUCCACGUCAUUGCCAGCGUUCUCAAACAGUGGCUCCGUGACCUGCCCAGCCCUCUCAUGACCUUUGAGCUAUACGAGGAGUUCCUCAGGGCCAUGGGUCAGCCAGACAAGCGGGAGGUGAUCCGCGGGGUGUAUUCGGUGAUCGACCAGCUCAGCAGGACGCACCUCAGCACGCUGGAGCGCCUCAUCUUCCAUCUGGUCAGGAUCGCCCUGCAGGAGGAGACUAACAGGAUGUCAGCCAACGCCCUCGCCAUCGUGUUCGCUCCCUGCAUCCUUCGCUGCCCCGACACCAUCGACCCGCUGCAGAGCGUCCAAGACAUCAGCAAGACCACAGCGUGUGUGGAGCUGAUCAUCAACGAGCAGAUGAGCAAGUACAAAGCUCGUCUGAAGGACAUCAGCAGUCUGGAGUUUGCAGAAAGCAAAGCCAAGAGCAGACUGACCCACAUCAGGAAGUCCAUGAAACCUGUACUAAUUGCAGUUAGGUUUAUGAGCAUAACCCGCACUGCCACCCCGCCUAACACAGCUAAACUUAAGUGCAAAGGCCGUGUUCGGCAAAGCAGCACCCACACGCCCUCGCCUCCUCUGAGCCCCAGAGUGCCCCCUGUGGUUGUGGAUGGAGAGACUGGAGGAGGAGGAGGAGAGGAGGCAGCAGAGGUGGGGCAGAACGAGCCGCAGCAGCUGGCGAUGCAGCAGGAAGAGCGAAUCCUCACCGAGCAAAUUGAGAGUCUGCAGAAAGAAAAGGAGGAGCUGACGUAUGAGAUGUUGAUCUUGGAGCCGCGGACGUCGGACGAUGAGACUCCUGAAUCUGAAGCAUCAAUCGGCACAGCAGACAGCUCUGAGAACAUCACCAUGGAGACGGAGGGAGCCACUUCAGAGCCCAUAGAGCGCGGCACUUACCACUUCAGAAAGUCUGAAGCAAAGGGCAGACGAGCUUUGCGCCGUCAGCCCGACUCCCAGGACUCUGCAGACUCGACCUCCACCAUUUCCUCCUACCACCCCUCUUCCUCUCUCUCCUCCGGCUCUCCCUCCCCUCACUACCGGUUCCGCUCCUCCUCCUCCGGGCCCCUGCUCACCUCCUGUGGUUUGGGGGCCCCGUUGGCCGAGGCGGAGGGGAGCCACGGAGCUGGUAAGACCCGCCACAGGCUCAGGCUCAGCCGCAGCUCACCCCGCGAGCCCUCAGGAAGCCACCGGAGGGAGUCGGACUUCAGCUCGGGGCCACAGCAGCUGGUUCUGUAUGGCAGCAACGAGUUCAUGGUGUGAAGCCGAGGAGGGAGGGAAACGCCAGAAGCUGCCUGUUGGCGUGCAGGAAGGGUGUACGUGAAGAGGAGGAGGGAGAGUCCAGGGUUGAACGAGGCUGGCCACGGGGCGAGGUUGGUGCCCAGUGUCGCCUGCCGCCCCUCCUCAGUGCCCACCCCCCUCCUCCCCUGGUCCAGUCAGAGCAGAGCACUGUGGGAAUAAAAGAAGACGAGACUGGAAAUAUGACACGGGAACAUAAUGACAGGUCAAAGAAAGAGGGCUGAUGAAAGCUGGAACAGAGUGAAGUGAGAACACAUGGUCGGCCAUGUUUGUCGACCCUCUGAUCUCAGUGGUGUUAACCCCCCCUGCUGGAGCACCAGGGGUUGGUCAGAGGAGAAAGAGAAGAAGGGAAGGACGGUUGGUGAGACAGAGGAAAACCCACACCUGCAAAGCCAAAUCUUAUAGUGCCCCAUCUUUAUUUUUUAGCAUGUGGGCAGGUGGAUAAAGCCACCCAGAAGAAAUGUAGCCGUACUGACUGAACUGGCGGACAUUUUGUCUGUAACCAGCGCCAAGCUAAGUCUGCUUUUUACGUUUACACAGUACACACCAGCCAAGAGGCUGCAUGCUUCUCCAUCACACUUUUUCCUACGUCAGUUUGAAGAGGAUGUACAGAAAUAUGUUACAUUAUUAUUAUUAUUAUGAAUUAUUAUUAUGUUGCAGAGGAAAAAAAUGUACAUAGGAAGAAACUCCAGUGCUGCUCCUGGGUUGUUCAUUGUUGAUUAAUCUCUGUUUCCUGUUCUCUAUUUUGCAAAGCAAAGUGUCUGGAAUUUAGGUUCCACUUUUGUUUCCGUGCUGGUUUUGCUCCGCUUACUGUCAUCUGUUUUUAGCUUUCUCUUUUCCUAUUUCACAAUGAAUAGAGCUGUUUUUUUGGGUGUCCUCGGGUUAUACUUUUGAGAAAUAAUAAUAGAAGGAAAAGCUGUCGAUCUGCGCUCACAGUGCUACGUGUCUGGUGUCACGUUUACUUUACCUGAGGUGUCAAAUGUCAAUCAGCCAUAAGUGUAUUUUAUGUCUUUGCCUGCAAGCUUUUUGUUGUCCCUUCUGGGUUUUUGUUUUCUCCAGAAACAUCAGUGUUACAACGUCAGGACUUGAAAUUUUUUUUUUUUUACAUAUAUAUAAAUGUAUAUUAUUGCUGUAUUAUAGGUGUUGUAAUUGAUAUCAAAGAUGUCACACUUUUGUUGUCAAUAUUGUUUCAUGGUUUGUUUUUGUUCAGAUGAAAGCCAUUUUUUUCCUGUCUGUAUGUGUGUGUGCACGUGUGAAUGAAUGAAUGAAUAAUUCCUGCCACUGUAUCAGCUCCCACUUUGUGCAUGUGUAGUCUUCUCUGCACACACAUACACUAGUUUUCCCCCCAAAACAUGUUCUUGUAAAGGUGAAAAAAGUCUCUGCAACCAUCAAGUGACACUACCUUACUCAGACUUAGGAAAUGUGCAAUUAGUCUUGAGUUUUUUUUGCACCACUGGGGGAACUCAUGCACUCACAAACACACUCUCAAACCGUCCAUAAUGUCCUCUGAGCCAUCCAGAAUACUCUCUUCUCUUUUACCGUAACAGUAGCUCUUCUUCUCUUUUACCGUAACAGUAGCUCUUCCAUCCUCUUCUCUCCCGGCGCUAGCUGUGGGAGGUAGCAUUUAACCUUCCUGUUAACCAGACAAAACAAGUAGCAACUAACUCAGACCGUCUACGUGUUUCUGCAUAUUCUUACUCUCUUUCUGUCUCUGUCCAUACACUAUGUAAACAGUCAGCGUAAUAUUCAGUUUUAUGGCCCUAUUCAGUAGCUUAACAGCAAUGAUGUCUCCGUACUUUAGCUGCAAUAUCUCUCCUCGCUUGCUGCGUCUGUGAUCAGAUGCUUUUGAGCCACCUUUGCUCAGAUCUCACCGACACAAUCAGUGUUAAUCAAUUGUUCCUUGAAGCUGGAAGUCUCCCUAAAGACAGCGCAGUUCUCAGUUUUGUCGCUGUUUCGGAGGUUAGCUGAAAGGAUCAAACUGAUUCCUGGUCAAAUAUCUUUAAGCUGAUAUUUAAUGGGAUGGUCUGUGUACAUGUCCAGACUGUCAAUAUGGCAAAAAAAAGACAACAACAAAAAGAUUUUCAAAAAAAGUGAAUGUACCUGUCACUGGAAGGCAUGCUUUGCUUUCUCUGGUUGUUUUUGUUCCCUUUUUUAUACACAGUGUAUGUACUAUUUAUGAUCAUGCUUUUGGGGUGUACAUUGGUUUAAAAGAAUCUGUUAUAAAAGGUGUUAUAAAAGGAUAUAUUAUCCUGUGUACGUUUCAUUAUCUACUAUUAAUCAUGGCAACAUUUUAACAGGCCACACUCGGUCUGUCAUGUUUGUGCUACGAAGCGGAAAAAAAAGAAAAGCGCUGUGUCUCUUUGUCUGCGCCACUCUAGACACGGUUAUGUAUAAGGUGCAAUUUGUGUUAUAUUUCUCUUUUUUUAAUGAUGCAAACAUGUUUAUGGUUGUAAU